AUGAUAACAAGAUGGCAGCAGAAAUAAAGCCAGUGCCUGCUAAUAAACAAGGAAACGUACGGAAACCGGUGCUGCUGAGUAAACUAGAGGGAUUCAACGAUGAUGUCAAUAUGGCUGUCAUAAUUCCCAGAGAGGACGGUGUUAUCACGGUCAGCGAUGACAAGACACUACGAAUUUGGCUGAAAAGAGACACUGGCCAAUAUUGGCCAAGUAUUUGUCACACCAUGCCAGCUGCAGCAGCUUCUCUGGCAUACAAUGGAGAGACAAGGAGAUUAUUUAUAGGAUUGGACAACGGAACAAUUACGUAGUACAAGAUUACCGAGGUAUGGUACUAUAACAGGUUAGUACGAGAUUACCUAGCUCAUCAGGGUCGUGUACACGGGGUGAAGUUUUCAGUGAACUGUGAGUGGGUUUUGAGUUGCGGCCGUGAUAAAUACUUUCAGUGGCACUGCUCGGAGACGGGGAGAAGAUUGGGUGGCUACCUAACGAACGCCUGGUGUCUUUGUCUGGAAUUUGAUGAACAAUCAAAGUAUGCGUUUGUUGGCGAUUACUCUGGUCAGAUUUCGGUAUUAAAGAUUAGCAACACCAAUUUUGAACUGAUAGUUAGUCUGAAAGGACAUUCUGGAAGUGUGCGAUCGCUGGCUUGGGAUGCAAACAGGAGCUUGUUAUUCUCAGGCAGUUUUGACCAGUCAGUGAUAGUGUGGGAUAUAGGUGGGCGACAGGGCACUGCCUUUGAGCUUCAAGGUCACCAUGACAAAGUGGCAGCAUUAGCCUAUGCUCCAGGUUGUAAACAGUUGAUAUCUGGCGGGGACGAUACAGUUAUAGGGCUUUGGAAUAUGGACGUCAAACGAAUAGAGACACCUACCUGGACUGAGAAUGACAGCUGUGAAAAAUGUAAAGCACCGUUUUUCUGGAACGUUAAAAAGAUGUGGGAAGAGCGUACAAUAGGAAUCCGACAGCAUCAUUGUAGGAAGUGUGGAAAAGCAAUAUGUGCCAAAUGCAGCAGUAAAAAAUCCUCCUACCCCCCAAUGGGAUUUGAGUAUGAGGUCCGAGUAUGUGAUAACUGCCACGAAAGUAUUACGGAUGAGGAGCGAGCUCCUUUAGCGACAUUCCACGAUAGUAAACAUGGUAUAGUAUACAUGCACCUUGAGGAACAUCGCAAGCGUCUGCUCACAGUAGGCAAGGAUAAGGUUGUCAAAAUAUGGGAUGUGAGCAGUGUCCUUCACUGAGGAAAUACACACAACACUUUAGUUUAUCACAAUGUAUCAGAGGUUAUCGGCCAUCACCAUGGAAACCAGCAUGCAGAGGACAAAAUUCAAAGACUAUUGAUUGGCUGAAUCCAAAGACAUGUGAUUGGCUGUUCAGAAAUAGUGGGUUGGCUACAGUGAGCGUGGCAUUCUUGAUUUUUAAUGGUGAUUGGAAUCCAGAGAGGUUUUGAGACUUGAAGUGAUGGUACAAACACAAGUUAAUGACUAAAUCUUUGAUAUUAGGCCGUUCAGACAGAGUGGCAAAUGUUAUGUAUAUAUUAUUGUUAGAUCAUCUGCCUAAAGGGCAAGUAAGCUUGUCCCAUGGCACGUCAACUGUCGUCUGUCUCUCAAUUGAUUUAUUUGAAGAAUGACAAUGUUGAGCAUUAUUUGGCCAAGAUCAGUUAAAAUGGUGCAAAGGAAGGCUGUGCCCCCCUUGGGGUCGAGGGGUGUGAUCCAUUAGGAGAAAUGGGGGGGGGGGGAAUAAUUAAAACCGUACCUUUUAGUAUGAAUAAAGUGACUUUUAGCCUAUUUUGUAUAAAGGAACCAUUGUACAAGGAGGCUUAACUUUUUAUAAAUGCAAGAUGUGAUCCACCCCACUCUGACCCUAUUCGAGACAGAAGGGCAGGAGCCAAAAGAGGAAAUAGGGGUGAAUAUUCAAUAUCCUACUCAUUCAGUACGAGUAAAGGGAUUUUAGCCUUACUACCAAUAAACGAUCCCAGGGACAGAGAGGCAGGGCCCAAUUGGCAAAAUAGGAAUAAAUCUUCAAAAGCCUGCUUCUUCAAUAGAGGCAAACAGAUUUUAACCUUAUUUGGAAGAAAGGAUCCCUCGGGAACGAAGAUUAUGCAUCAACUUAGUCUAAUUAUCCCCCUUUGAGCAGGACCCAAUAUGAAAAAUAUAGAAGAGUCCCUUCGGGGAUAGUAGGUAAUUAAGUCUUUAAAAGCUUCCUUUUAGUCUGAGUAAAUGGAUUUUAAUCUCAUAUACAGGAUUCUGGCCUCUUCUCAGUCUGUUUCUAUUUUGCAAUUUCUAUAUAUGCAUGUACCAUAUUUACUAUACUAGGUAAUGUAAGUAAAGUUUAGGUGAGCCAUUCAGGCCCCUGGACCUCUUGUUAAAACUGGACGGUGUCCAUAUUUGUCAAUGUUACAUGUACCAGUAGUUUAAAUGAGUGGCUGUGAUUUAGUUUGACCAAUGUGGCAGGUUUACAUGAGUGAGAGACACAAUGAGAUUUGUUCACUAAACCAUCAAUGCAUCAUGUAGUUAUAAAUUCUAUUUAAAGUUUUAUUAUCCAAUGAAGACAACUCAAUGCCAUAAGUUUUCAAGGAAUCUACAUUGUAUGGCUCUGUUUGGUUUUUUCCAAAAUUAAAUAUUCUAAAUGUCAGCAAAUUGUACCAUGUCAGAGAAUUGUCUCUUCAUUACUGACAUUUCAAAAAAUGUAUCUUAGUGAAAUGUGUUUGUAAAUUUGUUCAAUGUACAGUAACCACAUUGUGUGUUUAAGAUCCACUCUUCAGUGCAAUCUCUUUGUAUGUUAAGUUUCCGUUUAACAAAAUAACUGGAUUGUGUGGUAAGGUUCCACCUAACAAUAUAAGUAUACAACUUAUAAAAUCCACUCGUUCCUUCUCUCUGAUAUUUGAUUGAACUCCGUACACUUGUACACAGCUAGCACUGAUGUUUGUUGAGAAUUUCACAAUGGUGCUUUUACCAUGUUAGCUGUUAUCUCCCUUUGUUGGUCGUACGUUCAAAUUUUACCUCGAGUAAAUCAUUCUCCUGUUAUGUUAAUAUAUACAACCUUUUAACAAAUUGAUAAUUUUACACCAGAACUUACUCUAUCUCAAAUUAUAUUUUUUGAUUUGUGAAAAAAAAGAAAAUUGCUAUCUGUGGAAACAAAAAACUGUAUUUGAUAUCAAUGAUGUAUAGAAAUGUACAAGAAAAAUGUUGUGAUAAUAAUGAUAUAAAUGCUAAUACAUUGUAUGAUGAUCCUCUUCCAAUGAAGCUUUCUAUAGAAGUGCUAUCUGGGGUGGGGGGAGGGGGGGUUACAUGUUCAGGCUGUAAGGUGAGGUACUACUGUGAACUCACUAAUUUUCUUCGGUCUUUAAUUUUGUUGAUUUUUAUUUUAGUGUGUAAUCUUCAUCCAUGAACUUAUAGGUCAGCGACGAAGUAAGUAAACUGUGGUAAUUCUAAUAUUAAGCAAUUCUCUGUUUGAGUAGGUACUCAUUAUCUACGAUUUCAUUUACCAACAUUAUGUUAUGUUGUUUCGGAAACCACAAAAUUUGGGCCCCACGAAAAUAGCUGAUUUCACAGUAUAACUCCCCAGGCAACUCUAUAAUAAUUCUUUACGUGAGGGAAAUAAUAUAUUGACAUAUAUAUAUGACUCAAUAAAACUUUGUAAAUCUAUUCUGAUGACAAGAAGUCUUGUAAUAGCGAUUUCUGAUAUUGUCAGUUUAAUGUUAGAAAUUCACCAAUUUAAACCAUUCUUCCAGUUAGAUAUAUAUGAUGCCUAACUUCUUGUUUUCUUCGUUUGUUUUGCCUGAACUCUCCCGAUACAGUAAUGUCAGAAUUGUGUUGGAGGUUUAGUCUAGAUACUUAAUUUCUGCAAAUUUCCCAAGGGGUGUAACUCUUGUUGUCUCGCUGAUUUCCCUGUCUGUCAUCGAGGGAAAUAUUCAGUAGUGGUAGAACACAGUACACUAUAAAUAGAACAAGGGUUGUUAAUCUUUUUACAAGAAGCUAUUAUGUCAUGACUAUAUAUGUAUAUGUACAUCUAAGAAGGAAGUUUUAGUAAUGUAAGUUAUGGAAAGUUAGAUGAUUUUAAUCAUUCAUAUUUAAUCACUAAAUUGGCAUAAAUAUGUCUUCAUCCACAAGAAGGAAGUUUUAGUGAUGUGAUUUAUUGAAAGUUAAUUGACAUGAAUCAUUCAUAUUUAAUCACAAAACUGGCAUACAUAUGUAUUCAGGCACAAGAAGAGAGUUUUAGUGAUGUAAUUAAUUGAAAGUAAGUUGACCUGAAACAUUCAUACUUCAUCACUAAAUUGACAUUAAUGUGUAUCCAUGUGUAAUGAUUAAGACAAAGGUGAAUCCUGUUGUAAUUACAGACAAAAAAACAGAUACUGGCAUUAAGUGGUGCAGGAUCAAGUGAGAGUUAGAGAUCCUUUAAUUAUUUGAGAUGUAAAUCGUGUGAUAUAUAUUGUGAUUUGUGUGUAACUUACUGCAUGACACAUGUGUUGCAGAGGAUUUUUUUCUGUUGUUGUUGUGUUUCUGAACUAAAAAUAAGUACCACUUCUAAUGUAGAGCUCUGACUGUUAAACUGUUGCUGUCCAGGAAUCGUAGAUGAACAGCAUCAAAUUAAGAGUCCAAUUUAUAGGCCGCACUGUUUAUAAAAAUAAAAAUGAUCACUGAAAGAUACAUUACUUUACAGGAGAAGUUAUUCUAAGCCAAACUAUUCCUUUUGAUUGCUUCAUUUUUCAAAUGUAAGGGAGAUUACUCUAGGUAAAAAAUGUUAAGUAGAACUCUUCUUCGCCAAAGUAUCUGAUAAAGUGGUAUUCUUUACCUAAACUCUUCAUCCCUGAAUUUAUAAUCAACUUUUCCAACCUUUGAAUUGGAAGAGUUCAAAUGGGUCUUUAGGGGUGAAUGAGUAAAUGAAGAGGAUGACUUUGAAGUGGUGUUUUUUUGCAGAUAAGAUAAAAGAGUACUGUAGAAGAACUUGUGACCUAGCUUGCUGUGUGAUAAUUUUUGAAUGCAUCUACAUUGUGUAUCAGGGUUUGAAGUGUGGAGGAGAUGUUGAUAUGUAAGUGUGGUAUUGGUGUCAUUACCGAAGAAAUUAUUACAGUACUAUAUAAUUAUGUGAAUGUCAAUUGCUGUAAAAUCAAACGGGAUAAAAGUUUAAUUUGUUUAAUUGAAAACUUUAGCUGACCAACAAAAUUAAUGGAACGCGUUCACAGAGCCAGCUUACAUAAGGACUUCUGUUAGCAGUCUCAAAUUUGAGCGUAUUAUGAAAUUUAACAGAUUAGCACAAUGAUGAAUUGGCACUCGCAGAAUAUGCAAUAAAAAGCUAUAUAAAGAAACUUCUCUUAGCACAGUCUUAAUAAAGCACAAUCUUCAGAGAGCAGAGAGCGCCUAAAUUGCAAUACCACAAAAAAUGUAUAUUUGCAGUGUUGUUCAAAAUCUUAAAAGCAGGAUCAAUGCAUAGGUGAAUCUCUUGAUGAAAUCAGGUCUCGUUUGGAAGUGUAUAACUAUCAAACGUUGUAUGAAAGUGCCAAAAGUUUGAGGAGAGAAAUAUUGGUGUGUUGUUAGCUUUGCUUAGUCAUCAUUGCCUUCAUUUCUACGUUUUCUUGAACAGUAAAUUCAUGGACAAAAAAGUUUGGUUGAAGUUUUGACUUUUUUAAAGAGAUUCAUAAUAUAUCAAACACCUUAAUUUCAAAAAGUUAAAAGACUUACAUGAGAUGUGGUUUUGAUGCUCAGCAGUAAAGCUUAAAAUAAAAUCAGCGCAAAGGGAUAAUUAUACACGUUAUAUAUACUUGUCAUGGAUAAUAAAUGAAGCCGAUGGACAGAUGAUAAAGAAGUAUUUAAAUGUAAUGCAUAAAUGAAAUCUAUUGAGGUUUGGUAUAUUGUAGAUAUUCGUAUUGAAUAAGAAUAUUGUAUGUGCAGUUACCUAAACCAAGCUUGCUUGAUACACAGAUGUUUAUUGUACAUGUACUCAAUCAUGGUUUACAGACUCUUUAAUCCAUUAUGGUCCAUUUCAGUUAUAGAAAAUCCAAGGUUAAAGCUUGCUGCUUACGUUGUCUGCAUCAAUGGAAUAUAUCACGAGGUAAUCAAAUUAUCACUACGAGACACCUGGUGGAUGAAACAUAUAGUCUAGUUUGAUCCUUUGAUGUUCACCAACAGAAUCACGCUGCAGCCAAAUGGUAAACUUGAUAGUCAUUGAAAUCGGAGGUCACUUCCUUGUAAUCUUCAAAUGAGAAUAUCAGCCUUGUGAUUGGUCAGUUUAUAUACCUGAAACCAAUUAAAUAGCUAACGUGUGCCUUCGAUUUAAUGUCAUGAGAUAUUCCAUGGGGUUCAGAGAACGUAAGGGAGUAGAUUUGAGAAUUAGAAUAUCUAAGUGUAAGAUUAGCAAAACUGUGAUUCAAAAUAAGAAUUGAUGUAACUAGAAUAAGAUGUGAACAAGAAAGACCCUUCAAGAAGUAUAAACUUUAUGAGAAUUUCGAUGUGAACAGCUUCUCUGAAUAGUCAAAAUGACGAUAGUUUAGGCAGCCACCAUGAUUUCGUAGUUGUCCUUCAGCACAUAAAUAAAGUCUGUACAUACAUAUACCAGUUGAUAUAGAAAUGUUUGAUCAUUAUUUCAAUUUGUUACAAAACCAUGAAUUUGUAAAAAAGAAAAAUGAAAUCGAAAUUUGUUUGUACUACGGAAUUGGAUCUAUCUACUUAGAAGAUCCUUUUCCCCCAACAGUGAUUUGAUAUUUCAAAAUUAACUCAGUCACUCCUGAAAUAUCAGAAUGGACUAUUCCAACCUUUGAAUUGGAAGAGUCCAAAUGUGUCUUUAGGGGUAAAUGAGUUGAUAAUGGUAGUAUGUACAUCACAUAUUGACGCCAUUCACUUGUUCAGAUUUAGAAAUGAGGUUUCUUUGUUCUAGUCAGUGUCUGAAGCUGUAAGUAUAAAACCUUCCCCCUGUAUAUUGACACUGAACUGGUGUAAACCUCGUUUUGGAAAUCAUUUUCUUCGUGGUUUGUUUUAGUUAUGAGUUCAUCAUUUAAAAUGACUAAGGAUUGUAUUGAAUCGUUUAUUGUCCAGUGUGUAUAAUGCCUUUAUCUUGUAACAAUGUGUGUUUUAUCACGGAUUAAGAAUGUAUUUAGUUAAGUAGCCGUGUCAUUAUGUGAAUGUAUACACACACUGUUGUGCGAACACCUUACAGGUUUAAGUAUUGGUUACAUUUGAACUCAGUUUCAUUAGUCAAACUACGAGUGACUACGUGCUUUGGAAUAGUUGUAAGUACAAACUUUCAAAACCAAUAUUAUGUAUUUAUCUUAAUUGAUACAGAAAAUAUGAAUUAAUUGUGAAAUUCAUGUAUAAAUGUUUUGAUGAAGAUGAAGAAAUUGUUCUUUGUCACUGUAGUUAUCUCAUUCGUCUGGUGAUUUUCAACAGUUUCACAAGGCACUGUUAGCCACCUGUUUUUCGUAACUUCUGAAAGUUAGCCCAUGAGUGUGAGAUAAGUACGAUAAAAGAUCACUCAAUCAUUUAGUAACAUUGGUAUGAACACUUGUGGAUGUCAAACACAAACUUUAUUUAUCAGCUUUUAUUACUGUUAGCAUGAAGGAAUGUCUACCUAAUUUGGUGUAUGCUACAGCUGUUUUAUAUUACAAGCCUAAUCUAAUCCGAUUCAAAAUUGGGUGAAAACUGUACUCAUAUUAAAUACAGGCAUUUCCUUAUGUUAUAAAGAUUCCAAAUAAUGAUUCUUUGAAAUAUUUUCCACAAAAUGUGUAUGGCAUCUGCAAUAUUUUUCGUUAAAAAUGAAAUUUUAAGUGUCCACUUUUAAUUCUGAUUCAAUUUAAAAAAAGAACCCAUAUAAUGUAUCUAUCAAAUGUUGACAUUCUUGAUAGAAAAGCCUCCGUACUAUAAGGAAUCUAGUAGAGGAAACAUUUGUGUGGCUUACCAAGAAGUUUCUUUCACAAAGUGAAAGGGGUAAUGUUAUGCGUGUUAAAAUGGACCCCAAGCUGUGUAUGGGCCAAAUCAUGUAGUCUAUAAUAUAUAUUUAUGAAAGUGAUAUUGUAACUUUGUUACAUUAGUAGUAAGCUUUAAGCUGGCUUUUGUUUAUCAGUUAUAUUCAUUUGCAUUGACUUCUGUUUGUGUGCUGUUACUAAAUCUGUUUACGACAAGUUUAGUGUUUACCUUGGACUAAAUAAAGAUUCAUCUAAAUGGA